UCACUCUCCCUCUCCCUCUCACUCGGACCAGUCCAUUUCUUUUCAACAGACCCAACAUUUCAUUAUCACCAUGGCGACCAACAAGACAUACAAAGUUCUCACGCCCACCGACGUCGAACAUUUCAUGACGCACGGCUACGUCAAGAUUCCAGGCUGUUUCACCAAAGAAGCAUCCGAUGAAUGGACCAAAGAUGUUUGGCUUCGUUUGGGAAUGUCGCCGACGGAUAAAUCAACCUGGACUAGAGAGAGAAUUAAUAUGCCUGAACAUCGACGUCUGGCUGUCCCGGAGUUUUCUCCCAAGGCUUGGAAUGCGAUCUGUGAUUUGGUCGGUGGUGAAGAAAGAGUGACGGAUAAGAGCAAGACUUGGAGUGAUUCUUUCAUUGUGAAUUUGGGGACGGAGGAAAAUGAGGGAAAGGAGUUUAAGCCCAAGGAGUUGGAUAAUUGGCAUGUUGAUGGGGAUUUCUUCACGCAUUUUCUCGACUCCCCUGAACAAGGUCUUCUCGUCAUUCCGUUGUACACUGAUAUCAUUCCCAAUGGUGGUGGGACAUGGGUUUGUACUGAAGGACCUGCAAAGAUUGGGAAAUGGCUGUACGAUCAUCCACAGGGCGUAACUCCUCAGAUGAUCCCAGUCUCAGAUCCCGAGCCCGAGUCUGAAGACCGCUUAGCCAAAUUCUAUGGAACUAUUCAAACCUGUGACGAUUCAUCUUUCCACGAAAUGACCGGACAGGUCGGCGAUGUCAUCCUCUUGCAUCCCCUGAUGUUGCAUUCAGCAUCCAAGAAUGGUCGACGACAUAUUCGCAUCAUCACCAACCCCCCAGUCUCGUUGAAACAACCGUUUGAAUUCGACCGGGCUGAUCCUUCCGAAUAUUCGUUGGUGGAGCUCAAGACGAUUCAGGACCUGGGUGGAUUUGACAAGCUCAAAGGAUGGAAGAUCACAGGAGAAAGAAAACCGGUAAUUCCAGAACGACUCAAGAUGCAAUUGAAGUUGAUGGAAGAUGAAGCACGCAGAUUGAAGGAAAGUGGGGUGGAAUAUACUGAUAGGACUCAGACUGAGGAUCAAUUCCGUGCAAAGAUGGCUGGUACGGCUGUUGUUUGAGGAAGAGGAUGGAGAUUAGAUUUGAAGAUUCUUUCGCUAUCAAGAAUGCAGAAGUGUAGCUUACCAUUGAGCAAGGAGUAUAUUAGUAUCUCAAGACCUCAUCGGAG